AUGCCUUCAGUCCCUCCACCCUCUCGUGUUCUCGUCACAGGCGCAAACGGUUACCUAGGCGCAUGGCUCGUGCGCAUACUGAUUGAACACGGGUACUACGUGCGCGGGACUGUUCGUAGUCCCGCUAAAGGAGACGUCGUCAAGGCAUCGCUUGGAGAGCUAAGCGAUAGGUUUGAGUACGCCGUGAUCGGCGAUGUCCUUGAGGACGGUGCCUACGAUGACGCAGUCAAAGAUAUGGACCUUGUCAUGCACACGCUGUCACCCGUAUUCCAAACUACUCAACCCGACGAAAUCAUACGCCCUGCAGUCAUCGGAACCAUCAACGUCCUCAAGUCUGCCCAAAAGUCACAGAACACCAUCAAGCGCAUCGUUAUCACCGGCUCCAUCGGCGCGGUACUCGACUGGCCGGCCACUGAGCCGGGCGUCUAUGAUGAGACGUCGAUCAAUGAAGCAUCUAUCCGGAGUGUGAACGAGGGAUCCACGGACCCGAUGGCGAUAUACUGUGCGGCAAAGACCGAGUCCGAGAAGAGAGCGCGUGCUUUCAUGGAAGAGCAAAACAUCACCCAGUUUGAUCUCGUCUACCUGCAUGGCUCGUGGUUCUACGGCCCGUAUGCGCAUCCGGUCUCUUCAGCGACCGACUUCGGCGAGUCGAUGCACUGCUUGCACGCCAUUCUGACCGAAGGGCGCAUCGAGAACGAGCUCCUAGGAACAGGAACAGGCUGGAUCGACGUACGUGAUAUAGCGCUCGCGCAUGUUCUCGCGGCCCAAUGCGACGAGGCGGGUGGAGAACGCAUCAUCAUAUCUGCGGGUGAUUGCAUUGUAGACGAUCUUAAUAGGAUGGCGCAUAGCCUUGAUCCCUCUCUUCCGGAAUCGACAAAGGGUGUGCUAUUGGAGAACCGGUACAUGUUCGAUACGGAGAAGAUGCGCCGGGUGUUGGGCUUACAGCCGCGUUCGUUGGAGGAGACUAUUCGCGAUUCGCUUGCGUUCUUCAAGUCUGUCUCUGCAGGGGUAUAG